UUUUUAUGAAUGGGUUAUUCGAAUGAUGAGCAAGUAUCUACGCAUUCGCUCAUAGAAAAGGGGGCCAACCCCAUUGCGUAUUGGUACUUAUCGGGUAUAGAAUAGAUCUGCUUCUCUUUGUUCCUACGUGUUCCAUUAUUACCAACGGAAUGGAAUAAAUAUUCACCCUUGCUCCGAAAUAAUUCAGUGAAAAGGGAGGUUCAUAGCAUAGUCUUUUCCAAUGUGAUAAAGUUACAUAGUGUCUAUUUUUAUUUGAUAAAGGGGUAUUUCCAUGGGUUUGCCUUGGUAUCGUGUUCAUACCGUCGUAUUGAAUGAUCCCGGUCGCUUGCUUUCUGUUCAUAUAAUGCAUACAGCUCUAGUUUCUGGUUGGGCCGGUUCGAUGGCUCUAUACGAAUUAGCAGUUUUUGAUCCCUCUGACCCCGUUCUUGAUCCAAUGUGGAGACAAGGUAUGUUCGUUAUACCUUUCAUGACUCGGUUAGGAAUAACCAAUUCAUGGGGGGGUUGGAGUAUCACAGGGGGGGACUAUAACGAAUCCGGGUAUUUGCGAUUCGGCGUGGCCGGGGCACAUAUUAUGUUUUCUCGGCUUGUGCUUCUUGGCACUAUCCGGCAUUGGGUGUAUUGGGAUCUAGAAAUAUUCUGUGAUGAGCGUACAGGAAAACCCUCUUUGGAUUUGCCCAAGAUCUUUGGAAUUCAUUUAUUUCUUUCAGGGGUGGCUUGCUUCGGGUUUGGCGCAUUUCAUGUAACAGGCUUGUAUGGUCCUGGAAUAUGGGUGUCCGAUCCUUAUGGACUAACCGGAAAAGUACAACCUGUAAAUCCGGCGUGGGGCGUGGAAGGUUUUGAUCCUUUUGUUCCGGGAGGAAUAGCCUCUCAUCAUAUUGCAGCAGGGACAUUGGGCAUAUUAGCGAGCCUAUUCCAUCUUAGUGUCCGACCGCCCCAAUGUCUAUACAAAGGAUUACGUAUGGGCAAUAUUGAAACUGUACUUUCCAGUAGUAUCACUGCUGUCUUUUUUGCAGCCUUUGUUGUUGCUGGAACUAUGUGGUAUGGUUCAGCAACUACCCCGAUUGAAUUAUUUGGGCCCACUCAUUAUCAAUGGGAUCAGGACCUCGUUUCAAAAAAAUACGCCGUCUGGGUGCUUUACUGGGAUUAA